CCGCCCCCCCGCGCGGCUCUGGGCAGCAGCGGGGUCGCCGCCAUUUUGGAGCCGCCGUGAUCGCCCGCCGCCCGCUGUCAGCGCAGCCCCCGGCGCCGCCACCCCCUCCCGGGACGCGGCCCAUGCCCGCCGCGUCAACGUCCCUCGCAGCCAGGCACGGCGCCGCGGGGCGGACGGCAGCCCCGCCACCGCACCAGGGUCGGAAGCUUGAGAUACAAUUCACACUGGAUGAAGAUAAUGUUCUGAAGUUGGAUAUAUUCCAGGAACCAUAACCCAAAUGUUUCUCUGUCCGUGGAGAAGACUUUACAUUUGAAAUAACUUCUACUGAAGCUAGUUGUGUCCCAUCAACAUGUUCUGGAAGUUUGAUUUGAACACAACGUCGCAUGUAGAUAAGCUGCUGGAUAAGGAAGAUGUGACACUUCACGAGCUGAUGGACGAAGAUGACAUCCUCCAGGAGUGCAAAGCUCAGAACCGCAAGCUGCUGGACUUCCUUUGCCAGCAGCACUGCAUGGAGGAGCUGGUCAACCUCAUCACCCGUGAGCCUCCUGUGGAUAUGGACGAGAAGGUCCGCUUCAAGUAUCCCAACACAGCCUGCGAACUGCUGACCUCGGACGUGCCACAGAUCAACGACAAGCUGGGAGGGGACGAAACGCUGCUGAAUAUCCUCUACGACUUCCUGGAUCAUGAACCUCCUUUGAACCCUUUGCUUGCCAGUUUCUUCAGUAAGACUAUUGGGAAUCUCAUUGCAAGAAAAACGGAACAGGUGAUCGCAUUUUUGAGGAAAAAAGACCAGUUUAUUAGCCUGGUGCUAAAGCACAUCGACACGUCGGCCAUGAUGGACCUCCUGCUGCGCCUCAUCAGCUGCGUGGAACCCGCCACCCUACGGCAGGAAGUCCUCAACUGGCUCAAUGAAGCACGGAUUAUUCAGAGACUCGUGGAGCUCAUCCAUUCAAGCCAAGAUGAGGACAGGCAAUCAAACGCUUCCCAAACCCUGUGUGAUAUCAUAAGGUUGAGCAGAGACCAGAGCAAUCAACUCCAGGACGUACCUGAGCCUGAUCCGCUUCUCACGGCACUGGAAUCGCAGGAAUGCGUGGAGCAGCUCCUCAAGAACAUGUUUGAUGGAGAACAGACCGAGAACUGCAUAGUGAAUGGAACGCAGGUUCUCCUGACCUUGCUGGAAACGAGGCGUUCCGGGGUGGAAGGGCUGAUGGACUCAUACACUCAGGGAUUUGAAAGGUCUUACACUGUCAAUAGCAGCAUCUUACACGGCAUCGAACCCAGGCUAAAGGACUUCCACCAGCUGCUGCUCAACCCUCCCAAGAAAACGGCCAUCCUAACGACGAUCGGUGUCUUGGAGGAGCCGUUGGGGAACGCACGUCUCCAUGGAUCUCGUCUGAUAGCCGCUCUGCUUCACACCAACACUCCCAGUAUCAAUCAGGAACUAUGCAGGCUCAGUACUAUGGAUUUACUACUUGACUUAUUUUUUAAAUACACGUGGAAUAACUUUUUGCAUUUCCAAGUGGAAUUGUCCAUAGCAGCUAUUCUCUCGCACUCUGUCCAAGAGGGGAAAACGACUACUAACGACCGAGAGAGCAAAGAAGAAGCGCUGAACGACAACGCGGCCACGGAGAACGUAGGCGCCCCAGAACCCACCACCGAGAACAUCAUGGUUACUCACUUGUUCCAGAAGUGCUGCCUCGUACAAAGGAUAUUGGAUGCCUGGGAAGCCAACGACAAAAUCCAGGCAGAAGGUGGAAUGAGACGCGGCAACAUGGGUCACCUCACCCGGAUCGCCAACGCCGUAGUCCAGAACAUGGAGAAAGGCCCCAUGCAGACUCAAAUCAGUGAGUUUAUCAAAGAGCUCCCGGAGGACUGCAGAGGGAGAUGGGAGAGCUUUGUCGAAGAGACGCUGACGGAGACAAACAGGAGGAACACAGUGGAUUUGGUGAGCACUCACCAUCUGCACUCAUCCAGCGAAGACGAAGACAUUGAGAGUGCUUUUCCCAAUGAACUUUCUCUCCAACAGGCCUUCUCCGAAUACCAGAUCCAGCAGAUGACCGCUAACUUUGUGGAUCAGUUUGGCUUUAACGAUGAAGAGUUUGCAGACCAGGAUGAUAAUAUCAACGCUCCCUUCGAUCGGAUCGCUGAGAUCAACUUCAACAUAGACGCCGACGAUGACAGCCCCAAUGCUUCCCUCUUCGAAGCCUGCUGCAACGAACGGAUCCAACAGUUCGACGACAACGAAGAGGAAGAAGAUAUUUGGGAAGAGAAGGAGAUAUCCUAUGCAACCCAAGUGAAAUCAAGGACACGAUUUGGAGCAUCUCAGACCUCAGAGAGUUCGUCGAAAAGUGAUCUGGAGAACGGCGAUCAUGACGGCAGCGUGGAUUCCGACGAAGAGGAGGGAUCGGAACAGCAGCCGCCUCCCUCGGCACACAACAAAAGUCAUUCAGAGCAGAAAGACUCGGAUUCCUCGGAAGGGUCGGGAUGGACGGCUGUGUUUGAGCCCGUGAAUGCCAAACCCCCCACCCCCUGCGUGGCCAUGGACGUCGGAUCGAGUGUCUGGGAUGCUCCCGAGAGCACCACGCCGGAGGAGAAGGGAUGGGCAAAGUUCACCGACUUCCAGCCUUUCUGUUGCUCCGAGUCGGGACCGCGUUGCAGUUCUCCUGCCGACACCGAGAGCUGCGAUUCCGACGGGACCUCGAAGCCAAGUCAAGACAAGAGCUCCACCGCCGCCUCUCCGUGUGUUUGGAACGCCUGCGUCCCGAGGAAAGCGCCGCUGGUGGCCUCGGACAGCAGUUCCUCCGGAGGCUCCGAGAGCGACGAAGAAGAGGAGAAAACCCAGAGCGUCCCCGAAACCAUCAGCGCGGAGACGGAGACCCUCGCGUUGACCGCGGAUGCCACGAACGACAAAGCUCUUCGCACCAGUGACGCCGACUGCGUGGUCAUCAACAAGUUGACCAUCACUGAGGUCGGAACGACAAAAGCCUCCAAACCCCUCAACAACGUGGCCCAACACUCGGAGGAACACCAGAAGACCGCCGGCGUCGUCACGGCAACGGCCACAAAAGACAGGAAAGAAGAAGUCGUACCCUGUGCCGAAGCCACGUUGAACGGCCCCGCUUGAUGACCCCCCAGCUGCAACGGGACGUGUGUGACCCAAGCCAGGCUGCUCCCUGGUGAUGCAAUUUGUCCGUUCUUCUUCUUCUUCUUUUUUCCUCUUUUUUUUUCAUUUUAAUUUUAUUUUGUAAUAAAUGCUGCAUUGAUGAGAGUUCAGGACCAGACCCGCAAUUCCGACACCAACAAUCCGUUCUCGAAAGACAUUCGCGUUGUCUAAAUGUAGCAUCCAUCGGUUCGUCGUCGUCAGCACGGGAAUAACGGGGCUCUUCCCAAGCGAGCCUUCAACCUACGUUCAAUUCCUCGGCUCCUUUCCCUUUUUUUUUUCCCUCUCUCCCCUUUUUCUCCCUAUUUUUUUUUUUCGGUUUUGUAUCUGGGGGGGGUUUUCGAUCCGAUUUUUUUCCUCCCCGUGUUUUCUUGCACACAGUAUUCCGCUUCUCUUCCGAAAGGUAGCAGGUCUAACGCCGGGAUUUGGACGAUGCCCAAAGAAAUCCCGCCAGUCGUGUGACCAAAGUUCCCGAUGGAGCCGCCCUCGGGCGGCAUUUGCACCGCUUUUGUAUAGCAAUAAAAGCCUUAUCAGAAACCUUUCGUAGGAGGAAAAAAAACCAUGCAAAACGCUUUCCGAUGGGAUGAAACCGGGAGGGAAUUUGUUUUCCUCUUGGAUGUUGCCAUAGGGGGUUGGGAGGGAAAUCGUUGACGUCGUUCCCAAGCCGGAGACCGUUGAUUUUGCCGGAAGCGUCUUGAGAACUGGGAGGUCUCAACGUUCCGGUGAUUCGCUCUUUCCUCUUCCAGAAGGGCGAUAAAAUCUUGGGUCGUUUAACGCUUGGUCUUUUCCAGCCGAGCCGUCAAAACUCAACUUCUUGGCUGUCAUCCUCCCGUUGGUCGGAGAGAACGUUCGGAAGGUUGCGGAGAGGAUAAGGAGCCACUGGACUGCUGCCACCAUCCAGGAGAAGAUAUGGAAGGAAGAGCUACGGUCUCCGGGAAGGAAAGCAGAUAUGGCCCAAAACAGCUUUCCAGGUGUUCGUUGGCCUUUUGGAGACUCCGUGUCUUUUCGAAUGAGGAUGGAAAUCCUUUUCGGGUUGGUUUGUUUGUUGUGUUCCGCUUUUCCAAGUUUCUCAUGGAUGCAGGAACAAGCGACACUUGUGCACUUUGUACCUAAUGACAACGUGGGAGAGAAAAUGAACCCCGAGCGGAACUUCCGCUCUUACUCCCCCGGGUAGUCGGGCACGGAGGAGUCCGAGGAGGGUGGGAUACGUGCCGCUGCCUCGGGAAACCCAGGAUAGCCUUGGGAUAGAGUACAACAGCACGGAGAGAUGGAACCCCGCGAGCGAGGUCCGGUUGAAGGUGUGGAGCUGCCUCUUGGACAUGGGAGCUUCUGCGGAGGCUGGAGGAGCUACACCGCUCCGAGACUCCGGUCUGCCCCACCGGACCUCAGCGCCGGGCUCAAUCCCAAACGGGAUUCGUGCCCUCAGAUCGUAUGGGGGUGGUUUGCAGAAGGAGGUUUGGGUUGGUGACCACACCAGGCACCAUGGCUGGAGCUACGACGCUUGGUUCUCGUGGAGCUCCGCCUGCUUCCGCGCGCCAAAACCCAUUGUCCCACCUUAAACGCCGCUUCCGUCGUUAAUCCCGAACCCUAAAGCUGGAAUACCACUUUGGAAUUAAAGCAUGAAGCUUGAGACGUAGGUAGGCAACCAGCUUCUUUCCAGCUAUCUUCUCACUUGACGCUUUAUCCUGAGCGUCUCGAGUACCUCCCACCGCUCCGGUGUUGGGAACGUUCCGGCCACGCUUCGCUCCUUCCGUAUUUGAACUGUGAUUUGUGCGUCGUGAGUAUUCCGGAGAGGUGGUGCGAGAGGAACACCAGGGUUCCACCGUUCCACUGGAUCAGAAGCCGACGGUGACGUCCCCACCGCUCGUGGGUCUUCCUUUGUACCCCAAACCAAUGGGGUUUUGGCUUUGUUCUUAGGGAAAACGAAGGAUUUGCUCUGUUGGAAUUCCAGGAUGGGGUUGAUGUGUUCUUCGUGGUGGUUAUCCGUUAGGGUUGUGGCCACUCCGGCGCUGCCGAUGUGGCUUUGGAGGUCUCUCCACUGCCACUGCUCAGGAGGUUGAUGCUUUCCUGUUGUCCUGGAGGUCUUCUCGCUCGCUCCGUGUGAUUUCCAAUCAAGAAUUCCGAGUUAUUUUGCACUGGGAAGGAAUAAUCUCUCCCGUUUUUGCUUUGGUUGCCCUUCUUGGUACGUGGAGAUCAAUCCCCCCUGGAGGCAGCAGUGGCAAAAAGAUGAUCGGUGGCUUUGAUUUCCUCAUCGGAGACGCGUUAAAGUCUGAAUUUCCAGAGGAUCGGUGCCGGAAGCUUUGGGAAAACCUCUCUUUGGGCAUUCUUUCAGCCUAUAGAGCUACGAAAAAUCCUUCCUUUGCUCCAAAAUCCGUGAAGUUUUACCUCAAACAUCGGGUGGAGGACCACAACGGGGCGUCAAUCGCAAUUGUUCUCUUCCAGAUGAUGGCAGUUGUUCUCUUCCAACCUCUUCACAGCUUCCACCGUGCUACAACCGCGACCGAGUCCACGUGGGAUCAAGCGAUGGAGGUGGGAUGUCCGUAACGGGCGCAGUUGGAUCGUCCUUCUUGAUCCGUUCUCACCCACCUCGUUGGGCAGAGAAAUGAUCUUCGCACGAGGUUCCAUCGCAGGUUGGGGGUUCACCUGGUGUCACCCCAACACCACGUUGGCCAACGCUCCACCACAUCCGUUCUCAAUGUCUUGGUUUGAGGAGCAGUGUCUUCUCCGGAGAAGGACCACGGAACCACCAGCAAUAACAUCUGAGAGACGUCUUGGAGAGCUUUGCGAGGACGCGUCGGUGCCUUCCACUGCAGAUUCCCAACUUAUUGCUCCGUAGCUUUUGCCUUUGAGUCUCGAAAUUGAAGUCAGAGCUUUAAUGAUGGAUCUAAAGACAUCCCGGAAGCAGUUGAGUCACCGAGGGGUUCGUUAGCGCCGUUUAUUAAUUGGAUUCCUUGUGUUCCCGUACCGGUGGUUGAUGAGAGGUGUAGGAAAGCUCUCGCUUCUGUGGUUCUUCCUCGUUUGGGGUUGAAGCUCGGAAGUUGACCUCAUCUUUCCCUCGGCAGCCGACCAACGCGUGUAGGAAAAGCUCCUCAGCCUCGGAAUGCCGGAGGUUGCAGCUCAGACCGUCGUUUCCUUGCCUGGCUCCGAUCAUUUUAUAGGGAAACAGUCCCUAAAUGUCCGUCUCGCUGGAAGAUGGACCUUCCGCCUGUCCGGAGUCACAGUGGAUGCGUUGGGAGAAUCCCCACUGCCUCCAUCUGUGACCUCCUUUGGUCUCCGUUCCUGCCCAUCCCAGUGGUUCCCGGUGCUCCGCGGGGCAGAAAGCUCCAUAGCUGUGUCCUGAGGGACCUCCCAGCUUAACCUGGUGUCAUCAACCAAGGGCUGGACCAUGCCCUGAGGUGCCACCACCACCACCAACCGCAGCAGAGUCCUGGUGGUGGCACCACAGGAGAGCCGCGUCACCUCCUUGUGCCCUCAAGAAGGUUCUCACCCAGCGCUGGAGAUGGAUGCGUUGUCUUCAAAGGGAUUUCCAGUUGGAAAGAACCUUCAGCUCGCUCGGAAAGUGGUGGAACCUGAGCAGGAGUUGUCCUUUCUCCUUUCUGUGCAGUGUUUCCCACCUGUCCGUAUCGAUAGAAAUCAUUCGUGGUUUUCAAUCUGAUGGAGAUCUCCAAGAUGCGUUGUUCCGUGUCUAUUUAGACGGACACGGGGAGACGUUGGCAGCAUCCUGGUGGAGGAGAGGCUCGUGGUGCUCCACAUCUCCACCAUCUAUCCCCGUGGGCAGCUCCAGGGUGGAGAGCAAAGCAUCAACCGAUGUUCCUCGUGCAAGACCAAACCCAACAAGACGUGCUUUCCCGGGGGAGGUGGUUUGCUACAACGUUCCGGGUCAACCUUCUUACCCAGCUGGACCGUGGUGGGUUGGGUUAUAGGAGAUGCAACUCAUCCUGGGAUCCCGGUGUUGCUGCCGUGGAGCUGUGUCCGUGUCCUUUCCCACUGGGAGAGGAGAGGAGACUUCUCCACCCGCUUAGCGGUUCAGAAGAGACCAACGCUAAGUGAUCCUUGAACCGUAGCACGUUUGGCUCGUGGGAAGAUCUCUUCCAUCACAUGGUCUGACCCUUCGGAAUUCCUGCUGGCAUCACACCAAGUGGCUCUUUUCAAGUGUCCCAAACUGCCACGUUUGGUACCUGGAGAUGGAUUGGAUUGGGGAGCAAUGAAGAAGACCAUGGGUUGGAGAAAGAUCAAGCGUAGCUUGAAGCCGUGGAGAUGCAGUGGUUUGGAUUAAUCCAUUGUUGGUCACUGCGGGGACGAUGGUCCCGGGAGCAGAUGGAACAUCUUUGUG